AGCUUCGUCUGGGCAUCAAUUCUUUUUCUCAGAGGGAAUUCUCUCCUCACCAAGCCCCAAAUGUCUCUUUUAAUUCACGGGCUGCGAAGGGCGGCGGCGAAACUGGCUUCUGGUCAACUCGUCUGGCGCCAAUGCCUUCGUCAGCAGCCGCGGACAGCUCCGUCGCGGGUCCUCCGGUCUUUGCAAGCGCGGCACGCCAGCACCGACUCGCAAGCCCGUUUCGCCCGGUACUUUACAUCUUCCGCCGUUCCUCCCGACACGGUGGCGACAGCGGCGGUGAAUGCAGGUUCUAAGGCUGGGAAGAAGGCAUUUCCCGAAACGAGCUCCAGGAGCGCGGGGUACUGGUUAAUCGGCAGCGCAGCCAGCGUCUUCGGCAUCGUGGUGUUCGGGGGUCUCACACGGUUGACCGAGUCAGGCCUCAGCAUAACCGAAUGGAAACCCGUAACCGGCUCCCUCCCACCGCUCACCCAAGCCGACUGGGAAUCCGAAUUCGAGAAGUACCGCGCAUCGCCCGAAUUCCACCUGCUAAACUCACACAUGGACCUCGAAGAGUUCAAGAAGAUCUACUUCAUGGAGUGGACGCACCGGCUCUGGGGGCGCUUCAUCGGGCUGUCCUUCGUACUCCCUAGCAUAUACCUAAUCGCCCGACGACGGGUCACCGCGCGCGUGGCGGGACAUCUCGUGGGAAUAUCCGCGCUGAUCGGGUUCCAGGGGUUUAUCGGGUGGUGGAUGGUGAAAUCCGGACUCAAAGACGAUUUAUUCGCACCCGGCUCGCACCCGCGCGUCUCGCAGUACCGGCUCGCGACGCAUUUAGCCACGGCGUUCGUGUGUUACUCCUGGAUGCUCCUCGUCGGGCUGCGCAUCCUCCGAACCUCACGUCUUCUCUCCUCCCCCGCCUCCGCGCAGACUCUCAUCACCGCGCUUAAGAACCCCGCUCUAACACCGUUCCGCCGCUACGUCUCUCUCCUCUCGGCCCUCGUCUCCGUGACCGUGCUUUCAGGCGCUUUAGUCGCCGGUCUUGAUGCCGGGCUGAUAUAUAACGAAUUCCCCAUGAUGGGACGAGGCCUCGCGCCGCCCGCUACGGAGCUCUGGUCGAAAUUCUACUGUCGCAAGGAAGACGGGUCGGAUCUGUGGUGGCGCAAUAUGCUCGAAAACCCGAGCUUAGUACAGCUAGACCACCGCAUCCUAGCCACCACCACAUUCUGCGCGGUCCUCGCGCUGUUCGCGUACUCGCGCACGGGACGGGUAUCCGCGGCGCUGACGCCGAAUGCGAGGAAGGGGAUGUUGGGCGUGGUGCACCUAGUGUCGCUGCAGGUUGCGCUGGGCAUCAGCACGUUGAUAUACAUGGUUCCCAUCUCGCUUGCGGCGGCGCAUCAAGCGGGAAGCUUAGCACUGUUGACGGGGGUUUUGGUCCUUGGACAUAGACUACGGGUGCCGAAGUCAACGAUUGCGAUUCUGCAGAAGAGGAUCGCGACAGCAGCGAAGACGCGGUAGCGUUUCUCAAAUGUAGACGAUAGAAAGAAAGAAAAAAGUAGAAAGGAAAAAGCAAAAAGCAGGGUAUCGGGUUGGCAUGAUGAUUAUGACGUUCACUGGACAUAUACUAGGUUAUGUAAUUUUAUGUAGAAACUU